AUGGCGUCGGUUUCAACUUACACGGGGACGUUGCCAGUCAGCAACCCUACAGCUUCGUUCUGGCAGUCUGAGCCAGAUCCAGUCAUCAGCAACCACCAGUCUCACGACCUUCCGACCUCAGCAGAUGUGGUCAUUAUCGGGUCUGGUAUUUCCGGGGCCUUAAUCGCUCAUCGACUGCUCGCAGCUCAGUCACCCAACAGACCGAAGUCCGUGUUGAUGCUCGAAGCCCGAGCCGCGGUGAGUGGCGCUACAGGUAGAAAUGGUGGACAUAUCAAACCCGAUUGCUACCGGGGAUUCACUGCUUACUCUAAGCUACAUGGCCCUAAAGUAGCUGUGGCACAAUGCACGUUUGAGGCAACCAACCACCGAGAAACUUUGGCGUACAUCAGAGAAAACGGCCUGGAAAAAGAAAUAAAUCUCGUCGAAUAUCGGUCUGCGGAUGUGUAUCUGACGGAAAAUACCUGGAAAGCCGGACUCGAAUCUUACAAUGGCUUCAAGGAAGCCGGUGGUGACGUCUCCGAAAUCACUGUCUUGUCAAAGGCCGAGGCCGAGCAAACACUUCGCAUUACGAGCUGCUUUGGCGCCAUCACAUUUCCUGCGUCAAGCCUAUGGCCAUAUAAACUGGCCAUGGCCAUGAUACGAAAGUCUCUCGGGGCUGGCCUUCGCCUUGAGACCAAUACCCCGGUGCUGGAAAUUUCCCAAACCGACAGUGACUCAGGUCGUUGGACUGUCUCGACUAGUCGUGGUGAUAUCAUUGCUAAUAAGGUAGUACACGCUACUAACGGGUAUGCCUCACAUCUGCUCCCAGAGCUCGAUGGGCGCAUCAUUCCCUUAAAGGGUCACGUUGCGGCCAUCGCGCCUCCACCCGCAUACGUCGACGUACCGUUAUCUACAUCCUUUGCCUUCGUGUCCGAUGAUAACUACGACUAUCUUAUUCAACGUCCGGGGCCGCAAAGGUUCCUGAUCUGGGGUGGAGGAGAAGGAGCACAUCCGAGCGGGCCCAAAGGUGGUUACGGAGACUGCGAUGACUCCUUUGCUGUUCCCGAGGUGCUAGAUUAUGUCAAAGAUGGACCAUCUCGGACCUUCAAGGGCUGGAAAGAGUCUAGUACAGGUUCAAGCUCCGGUGUCGAAGAUCCUGUUCCAUUCGCUUGGAGCGGCAUCAUGGGUCUCAGCAAGGACUUAUUACCUUUCAUCGGAGAGUUACCUGAAAAGCCUGGUCAGUAUCUGAUCGGAGGCUAUCACGGUCACGGAAUGGCCCGCGUAUUCCUGUCAACAAAAGCAUUUUGCGAGCUUUUCCUCGGACAAGAAAUCGACUCUCGUGUCCCGUCGCCUUAUUUUGACUUGGAUUCCCGGCUUAGAGAGCCGGUUGAUCUUUCCACAGUGGGAAGCAUCUUGUAG